AUGCCAUGGCAGCUGCUUUCACACGCACGACGGGGCUGGGUAGAGGUUUGCAGUGAGGAGGAGGCGCUACUGCAGGAGGCAUGGAACUCCUACCAGGAGGGCGGGAACCAGGUGGUCUCCUAUCGUUUGGCCACGGGUGUCCCAGUGGAGGUGGACUUCGCAGCCCAGCUCCGUAGGAACUUGGCCUCGCGGCGUUCGGUCCAGUUGCGCCGCGCUGCGCGUCCAGCGGCCGCGCCGACGCCGAUGGUGCCGCUGCUCGCGGGCGUGACGGCGGUGCCCACGGCGAGCAGGGAAGGGUCGGUGCCCAGCGGUAAGGUGGAUUAUUCCAAAUGGCAGCAGCUGGAGGACAGUGACCAGGAGGAAAACGAGCACCUAGAAGAGACCAUAGCCAACCUCCCGCUGCCAGCGGAGAUCUUGAAGCCUGACCAAAGCUGCUAA